GUUUUGCUAGCUUGGCACCGACCGAAUAAAGAGGAAGAGGAGGUCGACGGAAGUGUUUUUUUUUUUUUUCUUUUUUUUUUUUUUUUUUCCUGUUUCUUGAGGAGUUUAGAAACGCACCGGCACUGCCUGGAAUGGUUGAGCCUAGCUCUCCAGCGAUGCACCUCCUCUCCAAUGUGGAAGGCAGCCUGACAUGUGUUGGUGUCAAAGUAGAACAGGAGGAUAUCAGUAAAGGGACUGGACUCAUCACCAACACCGAACCUACUCUGAAGAUGUCCCCCUCUCGUGACUGGGUUGGGAAUCAGCCACUGAUGGCUCGUCAACUGACACCACCACUCUCCUGUUCACCUUUAGAGGAUUCUCCAGGUAAAGAGUUGCCACACAUACAAGCCCAAGUAACACUCAAGGAGACAAAGCUCCGGGAUCCACCAAAAGGACAGUCCAAGGAAGGAAACCCAGAAUCUCUAGCGGAGAAGGAGCUCCAGUUGUUGAUGAUGAUCAACCAACUGAGUGGACUAAGGGAGCAGCUCCUGGGUGCCCACUCUGAGCAGAGGAACAUGGCUGCCUUGCUUCUGGAAAAACAGCAGCAGCAAAUGGAGCUAGCCCGGCAGCAGCAAGAACAGAUUGCUAAACAACAACAGCAGCUGAUCCAGCAGCAGCACAAGAUCAACCUUCUUCAGCAGCAGAUUCAGCAGGUAAACAUGCCCUACGUGAUGAUCCCUGCUUUCCACCCCAACGCCCAGUCUCUUUCAGUCCCCUCUGACCCACAGAUAAACUUGCCAUUGCAGCCAAUCCCAUACAAGCCAGCUCUGGAUUAUCCCAUGCAGCUACUGUCCACGCCUGUCAAGAGGAGCGGUGGUUCCAUCCGACAGGAAGCAGGUCAGCCUUUGAAUCUGACGUCCAAACCUAAAGGACUGGAGCUGGGGAAAGCCCACAGUCCAAAAUGCAUGGAGCUGGGAUCGCUGGGGGUGCAGGGCACCUACAUACACAGAGAUAUGCCAAAGGACGCAUCAAACAGCCCACCACAAUCUGCCCUCAGUUUACUCAGAGACAGUGAUGUAGUCACCCAGGCCAUCCAUGAUGCCCAGCAGCUACUGAGGAGUCACAAUGCCGGAGGCCGAGAGAGACAAACCGACAGAGAAACCAGCAGAAAAUUGGACUGCAAAUAUCUUCCUUGUGGUGAGAGAAUUGUGCACUCCGAGCAAGGUGACGACCGACACACAUUGCUGUCCACUGAUGACCACCUCAGCAGUGACUCUGAGAGUGUUCCUCGCAAGAUUUCUGACAGAGGAGUGCAAAGAAUAAUCAGAAGAGUUGUCCAAGAGCCAAGGAUCACUUGUGGAGAGCUUCAAAAAGACCUGGAAUUAGCAGGUACCCUACAGGUCCCAGGCAGCUACUCUGAGGCCCGCCCCCCUCCGUCUUCAGGCCACAUCAAGAGACCUAUGAAUGCCUUCAUGGUUUGGGCCAAGGAUGAGCGCAGGAGAAUCCUGCAGGCCUUUCCUGAUAUGCACAACUCCUCCAUCAGCAAAAUCCUGGGCUCCAGGUGGAAGUCCAUGUCCAACCAGGAGAAACAGCCUUACUAUGAAGAGCAGGCCAGACUGAGCAGGCAGCACCUGGAACGCUACCCAGACUACAAGUACAAACCCCGGCCCAAACGCACCUGUAUCGUGGAGGGACGGAGGCUGAGGGUGGGCGAAUACAAAGCCAUGAUGAAGAGCCGCCGACAGGAACAGAGGACACCCUACACCAGGAGUCCAACAGAACCACAGUCCAUCCACUACUCUCACAAUGACGCCUUGUACCCGGCUGGUGGCGGCAGCGGCGGCUCUGUCUCCAUGGGAUCCAUGUCCUUUCACUCCUCCGUUCUGGAGCACUACCUGCCGCAGCCUCCGCCGAUGUCGCACCGAGUCGAGGGCCCGGCCACGCCUGCCCCUCUGCCCCGGGUGAGGCAGAUGGACACAGAGCUAGAGCAGGCACCGUAUAGCGAAGGAGAGGAAAGUGACAGAGGGGAGAGAAGUGAGGGGGAACUUGUGCUCCUCACAGAUUGAAAGGAAUACAUCAGAAUUAUCUGGAAAUAAAAGAAGGGAUUUGGUUGUCACUGAAUUUUAGGAAGCCCCAUUCGGUUGUAAAUUAUCCCCAGUGACACACACCCAAUGCACAUAAAGGCAAGCUCUUAUCUCACUUAUUUCAUGUCAAAAGUCAAUAAGGACGUCCAUUUAGAACCGGGCAAUGUCAAGUUAUAAUCCAGUAUAUCAGGUUACAGUCUUUUCUUGCUCCAAUUUUGUUGGUCAAGAAGGCUAUGGAUUCUACAUAGAAAGGAUUAACAAUUAAUCUUCUAUUUGGGAAAUAUUUGGCUUAUUCAUACGCCUGCACUGCCUCCUGCUGAUGAAGUUAGAUUGUGACAACAUAGACAAACCUUUAUUUUUGCUCAUGGUCCUUUAAAAUGACCUUAUUUUGAAGGUUUGAUCUGUUGCAUCAUGCAUGGUGGGCCAAACCGCUGGCCUUUAUAUAUAUAUAUAUAUGACUGUUUUGUUUGCACCUUUGCUGUGUAUCCAGGUGCCUGUUUUCUUUGUUCAGAUACUUUUUUUUUACUGCGCAAAAUCUGCAUAUAUAAUGUAUGUAUAUACAGAAUAUACAUUUUUAAAUGACCUCCUACAGUGCACUUAUGGUAUUGUGGUGAUCAGCAAUUUUUUAGUCUGUGCUGGAAAAGAGUUUACAAUUGAAAGUUAUGUUCAGUAAUUGAUAACUCAGUCUUACUUGUGUGUGGUUCCUUUUUGAUAGAAUUGCACAUUGGCCUUUUUUUUAUCACCUUUUAUUCCAUUCUUCCAUUGACAUCAAUCAAAACAACAACAAUCAAGUAAUGGUUAUGAAAUGAGUCAGUGGUUAGGACGUCUGGCCCACAGCUCUGAGGUGAUGGGUUUGAACCUUGGCUCGGACUACUUCUGUGGAGUGUGCAUGGUCUCCAUGUCCUCCAGCUUCCUCUUGCAUUCUAAAAACAUUCAUGUUAGGUUAAUUGAAAACUCAAAAUUGUCCAUGGGUGUGAGUGUGAGACUGAAUGGUUCUUUGUCAAUGUGUGCCCUGUGAUUGGCUGGCGACCAGUCCAGGGUGUACCCUGCCUCCCGCCCCAAAGUCAACUGGGAUAGGCUCCUGCUCACUGGUGACCCAGAUGACUACAAGCUGUAUAGAAAAUGGAUGGUUGGUUAUGAAAUGUUUUUGGAUUGUGUGUGUGAAUGAAUGCAUCAGUGUUUAUGUUUGGGGAUCAUUCAUGCCAUACUGAGUCCUCACCUUGCAGAGUGAAACGAGGAGUUAUACUGUCACUGAUUUAUGCUUGAAACCAAAUCUGGACUUUGUAUAUUCAUGCAAUUUAUAUGUAUCCUGUAUUCUUUGCUGUAAGCGUUUUUCAACUGAAAAAGUGAAUUUCUAGUUGUCCGUAAGAAGUUUAGGUGAAUGUGAUAGAAAACAUCCAGAAAACAAAAUUUUUUAAAUGCAGUGCAAAUCAAGGUCAUGCUGGAUAUGAUUUUGAAUAUUCCAGUCACUCUUAAUACCUAACAUCAGAACACUGGGUUUAAUUCACUUUCGGCUAAUUCCAAGGUUAACCAGUCAAAAAGGGGAAACCUCAGGGUUGAUGCUGCAAUGAAAAUAAAUGGGCACCAGAGGAAAAUCCACAAUAUCGUUUUACUGGAGACAUCCUGCUGUGGGCACUGGUCUUUACUCCUACUGAUGUAAAUAUAGAAAGAUACUUUAUUUUGUUUUAUAAGAGCUUGUGUAAUUUAAAAGUGUACAUUCUGUUUUGUUGGGUUUAUUUUCGUGAAAAAUAAAAAAUGCAUUUUGCUCUAA